AAUCAGGAAGUAGUCGGUGCGAAAUGAUCUUUCUGACUCGCGCGUUGGGCUUCUUGUAGUUUUCUGCAGGGACACAGACUAAAGGCCGGAACGGACAUGUGGAACGGCGGAAAAGAGUUUCUGGGCGCCGUGCAGACGCCUCUGCUGUGGCUGGGAGCAGCGACCGCGGCCUGGCUGUCGCUGAGCUUUGUGUGCCGCCUGCUGGUCGGUUUCAGGCUCUGGGUGCUCGGUAACGGACGGCUGGUGUCUCCCGGUCAGCUGGGAAAGUGGGCAGUUGUGACAGGAGCUACAGAUGGAAUUGGUAAAGCCUACGCCGAAGAGCUCGCCCGCAGAGGUUUUGCUGUCGUGCUGAUCAGCCGCUCUCAGGAGAAGCUGGAUGAUGUUUCAAAGGCAAUCGAGAGCAAAUGUGGCGUGGAGACAAAAACCAUUGCAGCAGACUUUAGUGGUGUCGAUAUCUACUCUAAAAUUGAAGCUGGGCUUGCAGGACUGGAGAUUGGAGUAUUGGUGAACAACGUGGGAAUAUCUUAUUCUUACCCUGAAUUCUUCCUAAAAGUUCCUGAACUCGACAGUUUCAUCAACACCAUUGUCAAUGUGAACAUCACAUCAGUCUGUCAGAUGACUCGUCUUGUUUUGCCUGGAAUGGUGGAGAGGGGGAAGGGGGCCAUCCUCAACAUCUCGUCAGGCAGCGGGAUGUACCCAGUUCCUCUCCUGACCAUCUACUCUGCCUCCAAGGCAUUUGUGGACUUCUUUUCACGUGGACUUCAAGCGGAAUACAAGAGCAAAGGGAUUAUUAUCCAGAGCGUUCUGCCAUUUUUUGUUGCAACCAAGCUGAGUAAGAUCAGGAGAGCCACAUUGGGCAAGCCUAGUCCAGAGCGCUACGUGGCAGCUGAGCUGAGUACUGUGGGCCUUCAGAGUCAGACCAACGGCUAUCUCCCCCACGCAAUUAUUGGUUGGGUGACCACGGCUCUGCUUCCUGCUUGGCUCCUCAGCAGCCACUUGAUGGGGAUGGGUUUGUCCCAGCGCGCUCGUUAUCUCAAGAAGCAGAAGCAGGGAUAGACCAUCAGCCAGAGAGUUUAGAACCUGUCCAACCACCAUCAAGGACUCACAGAAGAUGCCAUGACUUCUGUCCAACAUCUCAGCUUUGCCUCCUUCAAGAUGCUUCCAUGGAUGAGGCGAAGCACAAUCUGGUCAAAGUUGCUCAAACACCGAACAAGUGGUGCACUUUUCGUUAUGAGUUCAGCUUCACUUAACAGAACAUUAACCUGCAAAUUAAAGCAUAACCAACUACAAAAAGCAAAACGAAACAAGACAUACACCAGAGUUGAGGUUUAAAAAAAAAUAAAAAAUCUGGAUUUCCAUCCUUUAAUGUGGGAUCAAUUUGAAUCAUUCCAGGAUGGAUCGGUUUGUUUGCUAAAGCUAAACAUUAAAUAAAUAUAUUGUGAGUGGUGAUUCUUUAUCUUCUUAACAUAGUAAAUGUGUUUCACACACACACUGGUUCCCAGGAGAUGCCCUGAAAAAAAAAAAACAGACUGAACUUCU